AGCUGAGAGCUCUCGCUCAUAGGCGUUGAUUUUUUAGAGCAAAGUAACAGACUGGAAGCGAGAACACCAGAGUGAGAGACGAGGGAGGCAGCAGAUCAUACUUAUCUCUAGAAAGCCUAAACCGUCUUAGCUCUCGGACUUUUACUAUGAGGAAGGGAUGCUGGAUAUGCCAGAGGAGAGAAAUUCCCUCAUCCGGCGUCGUAGCGAUAAAUCAGCACGCGCCCCUUUUAAUAUUGACUAAAUAGGCUCACGGUAAUAAAUAAAUAAAUAAAUAAAUAAAAAUAAAAAAAAGAAGAAGAAGAAAUAAAUAAAUCAAUACAAAUAAAAAAAGGGAAGAGAGCGGUAAGGAAGUAUGUUCCAAGGAUGAUUUCAGCCAAGAAAACUCCGGAGAAGAGCCGAUACCGCCUCCAUUAUCUCGUUUGGCACAACAAACACCGGCAGUUGGAGAAAGAGCUCUCAGGGAGCGAUCAGGUGGACUUGGAGGUGCUAGACCCACGGGGUCGCACUCCUCUGCAUCUGGCUGUGACCCUCACCCACCUGGAGUGCGCUCGAGUGCUACUGCACUAUGGUGCUGACGUCAGCAAAGAGAACGGCAACGGCUGGACAGUUUUGCAGGAAGCCAUCAGCUUGCGUGAUGCUGAGUUGGUGCGGCUGGUCUUGUGUCACAGAGACUACCAGCGCACCGUUAAGAGACUGGCAGGGAUCCCCAGACUACUAGAAAGACUGCAGCAGGCGCAAGACUUUUACGUGGAGAUGAAAUGGGAGUUUACAAGCUGGGUGCCACUGGUGUCUCGAAUCUGUCCAAGUGACACAUAUCGAGUGUGGAAAAGUGGCCAGUGCCUUCGGGUGGACACAACACUUAUAGGAUUUGAGCAGAUGACUUGGCAGCGAGGAAACCGCAGCUUCAUCUUCAAAGGACAAGACUCCAGCGCCAUGGUGAUGGAGGUGGACCAUGACAGACAGCUGGUGUUCUGUGAGACACUACCAUGUUUCCCAUCCUCUCCCUCCUCUCGUCCUCAAAGUAAUGCUCUCAGUCUGUUGGGGAUUCUGCAGCCCAGUGAUGAGCAGGUAGCUGCACGGCUCUCUGCCCCAGUGGUCACAACACAGCUAGACACCAAGAACAUCGCUUUUGAAAGGAACAAGACAGGCAUUCUCGGCUGGCGAAGUGAGAAAACAGAGGUGGUGAAUGGCUACGAAUCCAAGGUGUACUGCGCCUCCAACGUAGAGCUGAUCACUCGAACACGGACCGAUCACCUCACUGAACAGCACAAAUCCAAACCCAAAGGUAGUAAAACACCACUGCAAUCCUUCCUGGGCAUUGCAGAGCAGCAUAUGGGAACUACCAAUGGGGAUUUGUGUGUGCGCUCGAAUUUACAGCAAACAAUGGUGACCCAGAUGUCAUGCCCUGUGAUGAACAGCAGAGCCAUGACAGCUGAGGAAUACUUUAAUCCAAAUCCGAAUCACCCCCAUAGAGAUAUUGGUCAGCCUUGCCAUCUCACUACCAAAACACAAAGGUUCAAAGCCAAGCUAUGGCUGUGUGAGUCUCAUCCUCUGUCCCUGGCUGAGCAGGUGGCUCCCAUUAUAGACCUCAUGGCCAUCUCUAAUGCCCUGUUUGCUAAGCUCAGAGACUUCAUCACACUGCGUCUGCCUCCAGGCUUUCCCAUCAAGAUAGAGAUCCCCAUAUAUCACAUCUUGAAUGCACGCAUCACCUUUGGAAACCUGAACGGCUGUGAGGAGGGGGGAGUGAGCAGAACAGAGGCAAGUGUGGAUGGACAGAAGGACAGAUCCAGGACAGAGACACCGUCUCCCGGCAGUGACUCGUCCAGCGUGUCAAGCUCCAGCUCGACUAACUCAUGCCACGGAGGUGAAAUUCCAGCAUCUGUGUUUGAGGCACCACGAGGUUACAGCAUCCUUGGAGGGAACCAGAGAGAGAGUAUGCGUGAGGAGGAGGAUGACCUAUUACAGUUCGCCAUUCAGCAGAGUCUACUGGAGGCAGGCUCUGAGUAUGACCAGGUGACGAUUUGGGAGGCUCUGACAAACAGUAAGCCAGGAACUCAUCCCCUGUCAUGUGACCCCAGCCGCCUGGAAAGAACUCCACAGCACAAGACCAGCCCUGAGUCCAGCUCUGGCAGCACACCAACCAGUGAGGCACCACGCAGCUAUGAUGAGCAGCUACGUCUGGCAAUGGAGCUGUCAGCACGCGAACAGGAAGAGGCAGAGCGACGGCAGAGACAAGAGGAAGAAGAGCUUCAGCGCAUCAUACAGCUGUCACUCAUGGAGAAGUGACAGGAAUCUGAGCAAGAAAAAAUCAAGGGGCAGGGGAGCAUGUGCAGCAAUAGUCUAUUGAGAACUGCAAUUCUCUCCUCCCCCAUGUUCAGCCUCUCCUUCUCCAGCAGCCUGUUUGAAGCUAAAGGAUCCAACAGUCCAACAAUCACAGAGAUCUGUCUCUGUCCACUUUUUACAAGUUUACAACCACAAGCUACUCAACUCACAGACAUCAGACUUGUGUAGAACUAUUCAGCAAAACCUGUGCUUUCAUUUCUUUUCAGGCAAUUCAACAGAGCUCACAGCUAUGUCAGGGAUCUCAGCGUCUCCCAGAAAGCCAUUUAUUACCCAGAGUUCCUAGAGUGCCACUCAGACUAAGACUCAAGUCCUCCCACUGAGUACCCAGGGAGAGAGGUUUACAAAACUCUAUUGCAUAGUUUUUUUUUAAUGGAAUUUGGAUAAAUUAGGUUUGGUUUUCAUUUGCACAAAAUUCAGUUGCACUCUUAUAAGACGCAUAAGGACGCUCCUUAUCCUAAGAGGUGUCCAUUAAUGAAACGUGUACAUGUAUAGAAUGUCUGCCUCACAUAAAGGCUAAGUUAGAUUGUUGGCAACAACUCAAAAUGCACGAUGGAAACAGCAUGUCUUUUUUGUCCGUUUUGUCACCUCAUGCCUGCGCAGCUUCAUUUUAUUUAUUUCAAUGAGCAAGAGAACGUUUUUAAUAGGAAAAUACGGGACUGCAAUUUCGUGGUGACUGAGAAGUGUGAAUAAUAUCGUAUGAAAUCAGUGAGAGCUUUCUGGUCUUUUUCAGGUCGGUAAUUAGGUUAAGCAGAAGUGUACUCAAUAAUAAAUUAGAUCCUCACUGCAAUAUUUAUACUUUGUGUCAUGAACACAAUUUUAAACAGAUCAGAAAACAUAUAUUACAAUGUAUGUUUUAUACUCAAUAUGGUGCUAUUGUAAUGUCAUGUCCAUGUAAAAAUCUAUAGUAUGUUAUUUUCUGAUGCAUUCAACAACUAAGCUCCCUACACUUUUCAGUUUCUUUUCUGGCUUCCAUGCAGUGCUUCCUGACCCAGGCCUUCAGAAGUCUCUAGAAUCCUUCACCCUCACAUGGCACUGGAGCUCCUGAUUCCUCCAAUCACUAUACCAACUGUGGGCAAGAAGGUCCAAUCAGGUGCGCCAAUGCAGGGAGAACACAGCAAGGGCUAGUUUCUCUGAUCCAGAUGCAGUCUCAUACUGGACAACAAAUAUUAUAUCUCGAAUGGAGAAUCUCUAAUCAGAGUUUUUCUCCUUUUUCUGACAAUCUGGGUCUAAGCGACUGGCAACAAUUGUAUAAUAAUUGCGAAUAAUACUGACACAAGAUUCCUUUUAAGCACAAUUUAGCACAGAGCAGUUGGGCUUGGUGAUUAUAGCCAGUCAAGAAAUGACCAAAGGGCUGACCAGCAGCACAGAACAACAGAGGGAACAUGUAUAUAUAAAUAUAGAAAUAUAUAUGUGCAGAGUUAUGAAGACAAUGAAGCAUGUUAAGAGAGAAGUGAUUAUAAGGAUUCGGUUGUAUAGAAAUGCUAAAUGUGGUUAUCAGUAAUAUUAAACCAACAUAUUCCACUGUUUUUUAUUUGCACCUGAUAUGAAAGUGGAGUGUCGCUAUGGUAUCUGUAUGAUGUGAUGAUAGAACUCACUACAACAACGCUGCUGAAAUUUGUAACCUCAAGAGGGAUUGAAUAAAAGAGAAAAUUUCA